GUCGCACCAACGGAGCCAUCGCAGAGCCGGAGGAAAUACCCAAAGAUGGCCACGGUCACCCCGGUCCAGGUGGCGUUGCUUCUCUUCGCUCUCUGUCUCCAGGCCGUUACUUCGGAGAUUCCCGUAAAGAAAGACAUCGACAUCAAGAAGAUGGCCGGGAAGUGGUACCCGGUGAGGAGCGCCACGUCGGAGGACCAACCGAGAGCCCUCCACGGCUUCGCCCUGGAGCCCACGGCCAGCGGAGGCUUCGCCAUGAAGCUCGAGAUCCCCCAGAAGGGGUCCUGCAGUGUGAAAAACCUUGAUUUGACCCAGGUCAGCCCCGGGGUCUUCACCUCACCAGAGGGAAAGGCGACCGUCAUGGACACCGACUACACAACCUAUAUGUUCGUAGAACUUUCCAAGGACACCACGCGCAUCCUGGUUUACUAUGCCAGAGAAAAGAAAGUGGAUAAGAAAAUCAAGAAGAAGUUUCGGAGCAUUGUCAAAAAGGCGGGGAUGAAAACCGCAAAACGUUUAAUACCCCGAAAAGAAGAUAUGUGCUAAAACCCCUCCUGCGAAAGCAUAGAUUUAAUCCUGUUGAGUGGUUUUAGCUUCCGCAAGAACUUUGGGUUCAGGAGCCCGGUGUGUCGAACAGAAUGAGACGCAGACAGGUUGAAGGCAAAGAGCGGAGGUUCGUUCUCACCGGCCCGAAUAGGAUGUCUGUGCAGAAAGCACUCCGAAGUAGUAAUAUAACACAAUUGAGAAUAAAACGAGUGUUUUAAAAUUU